CUUUAGGUUUAAAAGGCGAUGACAUACCUAAAUACAUUUUAAAUCAGCAAGCAAUUGCAAGGGAGGAGCGAAAUAGGGAGAGAGAAUUAAAGUUGAAGGAGUUAGAAGAGGAAAUGAAAGGGCUAGAAUAGAAGCAGAAAGAGAGAAGGUAAAGUUUGCUCACGAGUUAGCACUGGCUAAAAUUAAAGCUGGGAAUAACGGUAACAAUUCUUUAUCUCCCAUUCAUGUAAGCGGUGCUGUAAGACCUAAUUUACCAGUAUAUCAAGAAGGUGAAGACUUUGCAUCUUACCUCAUUCGUUUCGAACGAGUUGCCAGCCUUUUAGAUAUCAGUGAAGACAGUUAUGCUGUGCGUUUGGGAAGCUUGCUUACAGGUAUAGCAGUAGAGAUAUAUACCUCAUUGUCCCCCGAAAUAACUGCUGAUUAUAAACAGUUGAAAAAAGCUCUUCUUAAUGGGUUUAGUAAGACCCCUAAUGGGUAUAGACAAGACUUUAGAGCUGCUAAAAUCAAGGUCGGGGAAACCUAUAAACAAUUUUCAAUUAAUCUCGGUAGACUUUUUGAUCAGUGGAUAGAUAGUAGCGGCCUCGAGAACUCUUACGAAUCGCUUAGAAGCUUCAUGAUACUUGACCAAUUUAAAUCAUCUCUUUCCCCGGAUCUUAGGAUAUAUAUCAAAGAGCAUAAUGUACCUACUCUUGAUCAGACGGUGCAGUUGGCUGAUAACUGGGCUGCCGCUCACAAUGCUUAUCCCAAGUCGAACACUACUUUCAAAACCAAGAAAAGUACGGAGAAUAAGCCCGUUAAUCAUGUUCCUGUCAUGAAGGAGAACUUUAUCAAAGAAAUCAAAUGUCACAAUUGUGGAGAAUUUGGUCACUACAGGAGUCGAUGCCCUAAAAAUCCUUUAGCUUUUAAGAGUAUUCCUUCAGAGAGGAAUCCUGAAAAGGUUAGCUUUUCAUUAUCAGAUUCAACUCCACGUAAAUAUCUGGCUAAUGGUACAGUAAAUGGACAGAAAGUUUCCACUAUCCUUAGAGACUCUGGUUGUUCAUGUGUUUUGAUCUCAAACGAAGUACUGCCCGAUAUUGAUAUCAGUAACAGUAAAUUAGUCAAAGUUUGCGAUUACUUGGGGCGAGUAGAUUAUUUUCCUCAGGUUCGCUGUUACAUCACCUGCCCCUACUUUGUUGGAUGGACGAAUGCCCUGCGAGCACCUCUCAAAUUUUGCAGUGUGCUCAUCGGUAAUAUCCCAGGGGUACGAGAUUCUAAUUCAAAUACUGAUGUAUUUGAUUCUCCCGUCCAUAAGAAUGACCAGGUUCAGGCUAUACAGACCAGGGCGUACAAGAACAAGAGGAUUCAUCCUCUCGUUCUGCCUAAAUUGAAACCUGUAAAUAUCACUCCGACGGAAUUUGCGAAACUGCAAAGUUCCUGUCCCUCACUGUCUUCUGUCAGGGAAAAGGUCAAAUCGAGAGAACCUCAUAUGACCCGUGAUGGUAUGAAGUUUGAGUAUAUUGAAAAUGAUGGAUUGCUUUACCGCAAGUGCAUAAAAUCUAAAUUUCAUGAUAGGAUUGGGAAGAUGUCUUUAGUCGUGCCCGCCGACUGCCGAGCUAUAGUAACGUCAAUUGCUCAUGAGUCUCCUCUCGCUGGCCACUUUUCUCAUCUCAAGACUUUGAGAAGGGUAACAGAUCAGUUUUAUUGGCCAAGUAUGGGAAGUGACGUGAGAGAUUUUUGCCGAUCUUGUGAUAAAUGCCAACGAAUGUCACACAAAGGGCGAGUGAAACCCGUCCCUAUUAAACCCAUGCCGAUUAUUACGGAGCCCUUUUUGCGUGUUGCAAUAGACAUAGUAGGUCCCCUGAAUCCCCCCUCUGAUGAUGGACACAAGUAUAUUUUAACACUUAUAGACUACGCGACGGGCUUCCCUGAAGCAAUUCCGCUCAGAGAAAUAGACUCCGUGUCUGUGGCGGAAGCUUUGCUCGUUAUAUUUUCCAGAGUAGGAAUUCCCAGGGAAAUUCUUUCCGACAGAGGCACGCAGUUCACUUCACAACUGAUGGGUGAACUUCAUAAAUUGUUGGGUAUUAAGCCUCUCUUCACCACUCCAUAUCAUCCUAGUGGAAAUGGAAGGGUUGAAAGAUUUCAUAGUACUCUGAAAGCAUCCUUAAGAAAGCUGUGUGUGGACAAGCCCAAAGAUUGGCACCGCUAUCUUAUUCCUACUUUAUUUGCCCUCAGAGAAAUUCCGAGUGACAGGACUGGGUUUUCUGCCUUCGAACUCCUGUAUGGUCGUGCUGUGCGAGGUCCUCUGACAGUGCUGAGAGAUCUAUGGGAGGAUAGGAGUAUCAAGGAUGACGAGCGAACUACCUUUCAGUAUGUCAUAGAGCUCAGGGAUAAACUAGAGGAAUGUGCUAAGAUAGCUGCUCAUAAUGCUGACAUCAGCUCAACCAGAUACUGCUAAUAAACUUCUAAUGACUUGGAGUGGUCCCCAUACGGUGAUGGAGAGA